AUGUCGGACAAAUAUCAGGACAGAAUAGGGACGUUCUUGCAGAUACCUAAUGUUGGCAAAGGCCAGCUGAAAUACAUAGGGCCUGUGGAAGGAAAGCAGGGUUUGUUUGUGGGGGUGGAUUUAUUGGCUAACAUCGGGAAGAAUGACGGGACUUUUCGCGGCAAACGGUACUUUGAGACCGAGUACCCGCAGUCAGGCCUCUUCAUCCACCUACAGAAGGUAGCUUGGUUACUUGACCAAGCCGGCGAUGGCCUGCCGGGCGGCACGACGGCGGCUGGCCAUAACCCGCAAGUGCAUGCCCAAGCUCACGGGCAAGCGCACCCACAGCAGCAGCGGCUGUCGAUAGUGACUUCCACUUCUACAUUGGCCACAAAUGGGUCUACGGGCGCGGCGAAAACCAGGAAUCGUGCGAGCAGCGUUAUAUACCGCUCACCGACUCCGAGACGCGUAGUGAGUCGUGCUGCCAGUAUGAUGAGUCGGAGAACGCUGGCUUCGGAUCAGAGCGAUUUUUUCUCCGAUUCCAUGGAGGCCGAGGACCGGCCGCAUAGUGAAAAUGAGGACGACGUGGAGGAAGAGGAGGAUGCGGAAGACGCGGCGACUGAGUCCGCAGAUAACAGGAACAGCAUAUUCAUGACACCAAAGUACUUUAAGCGUCAGAGCAUUUCCUAUGAGUCAAAGAUUAAACAACAGCAAGAGGAAAUUCUGCAUUACAAAAGGUUGCUUGACGACCAGCGCAUUGUCUUGGAGGAGAUACAGCCGGCAAUAGAUGACUAUGAAGAAAAACUACGUUAUCUUGAGGCUGAGAAGCAGCGAUUACAAAACACGUUGCAGUCGGAGCGCGAGCACCUGGCAAAGCAGAAACAGUACUUCGAAGCGGAGCACGAGCAGCUACUAUCGGUUGUCGAUGAACUACACAAGGAGAUUAAAGAAAAUGAGGAGCGUAUGCUAAGGCAAAGACGGCGGCAGACAAUAAUCAUGGAGGAUGAAGGGCAGGUGCUUGAGAUGGACACACUCAAAUCCGAAAAUGAUAGAUUAAAACGUCAGCUAGAAGAAUUGCUGAAGCAAUGCGAAGAGCAGGAACUCCUGAAGGCUGAAUGGCAAAAGGAGAGAGCCCGCUUGCAAACAGACAACCUGUCCCUAAACGAUGGCUACUCGUCGCUCUCCAAGGAGUUGGCGGAAACACAGCGUAAGCUCGAUGACAUAGUCCAGGGCCAGAGCUUGAAGAGUGGCACGGACCUCGCUAGCUACCAGUCGGAGAUAGAGUACCUGCGGCGCGAGUUGGAGGAGGCUAGAAGUUUGAUUGGCGUCAAAUCUUCCGUCCACUCCAACCGACACAGAGAUGAACUGGGGUUACAAUCAAAACUUCCUAAUGAGUCUUUGCCCUUAUUUGAUGGGAACAAAAACAAGGACGCGGCAGCGGGCAGGCUGCUAUGGUGCGCGCUAUGUGAAAAAGACGGACACACUGCCUUUGAGUGCACUGAAGUUGCCUUUUAG